AUGAAUCGAAGCAGUAGUCUAACUGACUAUUUUAUUACCGUAUAUCCUUUAAAAUGCCAACCUGAAACUAGAUACUUGGCCACUAAAGAUGGAAUGAAAUCCGUUGCAACUUCGAUUGCUAUUGUCUCUCUCCCAAUCUUGUUUUUCACAAGCUUCUGCAUUUUAAGAAAAACUCCGGAAAGCAUGAAAUCCGUUCAGUUGGGAUUAUUGAAUUUGAAUUUUUGCUACACUAUAUCUCAAUUUACACAAGCAUUUCUUAUAGUUCCAAUAUUUUAUCUUCCAUUUGCUGCAUUUAACACUGUGGGGCUGGUAAAUUAUUUGAAUAUUCCACCAGUUUUUCAGAUGUAUUUUUCUAUAACCAUGAUUAAUGCAACACUCGUCUCCAUAACCAUUUUGUUUGAAAAUCGGAGUAGUUCAAUUUCGUUCAACAAGUUUCGUAUAUCAAAACGGAAAUACAAGAUUCUUUGGAUUUUUUUAAAUUGUCUUGGAACAGUUCUUCUUGUGACUCCGCCAUUUUUCAAUCUUCCGGAUCAAAAUGCGUCUAAACUUGAGAUACUGAAAAUAUUCCCCUGUCCACUGAAAGAGUUUUUCAUGGAGCCAACUGUCGUAAUAGCUUUUGGAAAUCAUUGGGAGUCAUAUUUAAUUCAAUCGAGCAAAGCGUUAUUCUUCAUUUCAAUGCUUCAAAUUUUAUAUUUCUCUGCCUGCUGUAUUUAUUAUCUUGUCAUUUACAAACGUUCCAAUAUUUCUGCUACAACUCGUCGUCUGCAGCUCCGUGUAUUCAUUGGCGUUGUAAUUCAAAGUUUGAUACCAAUUAUUUUAACUAAUAUUCCUGUGAUAACUUUUCUAAAUAAGAAUACGCGGGAACAGUAUGACCAAAUCAGUAACAACUUGCUGUUUAUAAGUUCAAUUGUUCAAAAUGGAGUUGCGAGUCUUUCUAUUCUCAUGGUGCAUAGACCAUACCGAAAAUUUUUGGUUUCGAUAUUUUGUAAAGAAAAAGUGAAAGUUAUUCAAAUAUCAGUUUGCUCAAAAACGGAGCAAUUCCGUAUAUAA